CGCUCCUCCGCGCAUCCGUCCGUGCAGAGCCGUCCCUCCUUCUCUCCGUCCCUCCGUCCGUCUCGGUCCUCGGCGUCCGCCAUGGGGAAGCCGGCGAGGAGAGGCUGCGACUGGCGGCGCUCCCUGCGGAGCAACUGGCUGCUGCUCUCCACCGUGGCCGCGGUGGUGCUGGGCAUUGCCAUAGGAGUUCUGGUUCGAGAAUAUGGUGCACUCUCAAAUCUGGAUAAAUUCUACUUCUCUUUUCCUGGAGAAAUUCUAAUGAGGAUGCUGAAACUCAUCAUUUUGCCAUUAAUUAUAUCCAGCAUGAUUACAGGUGUUGCUGCACUGGAUUCCAACGUAUCUGGAAGAAUUGGUCUGCGUGCUGUUGUGUAUUAUUUCUGUACUACCAUCAUUGCUGUGAUCCUAGGUAUCGUGCUGGUGGUGAGUAUCAAGCCUGGCGUCACCCAGAAGGUGACAGAAAUCAACAGGUCAGGCAACACCCCCGAAGUUAGCACAGUGGAUGCUAUGCUGGACUUGGUCAGGAAUAUGUUCCCUGAGAACCUCAUCCAAGCCUGUUUUCAGCAGUACAAAACCAAGCGUGAAGAAGUGAAGCCCAGUGAUCCCGAGAGGAACAGCACAGAGGUAUCCGUCACCACCGCCAUGACAACAGUGCCUGAGAACAAGACAAAGGAAUACAAGAUCGUUGGCAUGUAUUCAGAUGGCAUCAAUGUCCUGGGCCUGAUUAUCUUUUGCCUCGUCUUUGGACUUGUCAUUGGAAAGAUGGGAGAGAAGGGGCAGAUUUUGGUGGAUUUCUUCAAUGCUUUGAGUGACGCGACCAUGAAAAUUGUACAGAUUAUUAUGUGCUACAUGCCGAUUGGUAUUUUGUUCCUGAUCGCUGGGAAGAUCAUAGAAGUUGAAGACUGGGAGAUCUUCCGUAAGCUGGGCCUGUACAUGGUCACCGUCCUCAGCGGGCUUGCAAUCCACUCCAUUGUAAUUUUGCCACUGAUCUAUUUCAUAGUAGUACGGAAGAACCCUUUCCGCUUCGCCAUGGGAAUGGCCCAGGCGCUCCUGACAGCUCUCAUGAUCUCCUCCAGCUCAGCAACCCUGCCUGUCACGUUCCGCUGCGCAGAAGAGAAGAAUCGGGUGGACAAGAGGAUCACUAGGUUUGUGCUGCCUGUCGGUGCCACCAUCAAUAUGGAUGGGACUGCGCUGUACGAGGCCGUGGCCGCUGUGUUCAUCGCGCAGCUGAACGACUUGGACUUGAGCAUCGGGCAGAUCAUCACCAUCAGUAUCACAGCCACAGCUGCCAGCAUUGGUGCUGCCGGCGUACCCCAGGCUGGCCUGGUGACCAUGGUGAUCGUGCUAAGUGCUGUGGGCCUGCCUGCCGAGGACGUCACCCUGAUCAUCGCUGUCGACUGGCUCCUGGACCGGUUCAGGACCAUGGUGAACGUGCUGGGUGACGCAUUUGGCACUGGCAUCGUGGAGAAGCUGUCCAAGAACGAGCUGGAGCAGAUGGACGUCUCCUCGGAAGUCAACAUUGUGAACCCCUUUGCUUUAGAAUCCACGAUACUCGAUAAUGAAGAUUCAGAUGCCAAGAAGUCUUAUGUGAAUGGGGGCUUUGCAGUGGACAAAUCCGACACCAUCUCCUUCACCCAGACCUCACAGUUCUAGAGCCUCAGCGUCAGUGACUGGGGUGAUAACGGACAGCUCCCAGAGAGUCAUCUCUUAGCAAGUUCCAACAUUAAGGAAAAGAGAAACACUAAUGAUCAAUUCUACACUUAGUUUGAUAUACAGACCUCCAGAUUAUUUUCUAUAUUUGGCUUGAUAGCCUUUGUUCUCUGGGUUUGGAGAUUUGAGGGUGGGGUAAAAUGAAAGGAAGUUAAGGAACUGUAUCAGCUGGGUCUUUCAGAUUCUCUAAGACAAAGUUUGGAAGUACACAAAGUAAUAACUGUUGGGACUAGGUAAUGGAUAUGGAAGAGAAAUUGCUUUCUCAAUAUACAGACCAGUGUUUUGGGUUUUUGAAAUUAUUAUUGGCUACAAAUUUUUACUCAGGCUUUCUAUUGGCAUGAUUUCCUUUGCCCUCACUUUUUAUAGAUUAUACAUCAUCUUAACAGCCCUACCCAGUUGAUGUGCCAAAAUUUCCACUUGGAACCCAUAUCUAGCCACUUUCAAACUACUUUUUUUAAAAAAGACCAGCACAGUUCUGCAAUAACCAUUUUAAGAUAGGCAUAGGUUGAGGGGGGAGAAGGGUUCAUUUUUUAAUGUACUGUAUUGGGACACUGGUAGCCCAGUGUUCAGUAUAGAACUAUAUGUAUAUGUGUAUAUAUUUAUUAUUUUCAUAUAAUUUGUGAGAUCAGAAAUGAAUUGUCAAUGUGAAAAAAGGAGCUCUCCUUGUACUUGAAUAAUAACUCCAAUUCCAACUAAGUUGCACUCCAGAGCUUCCCAGAACUUCUCAGCACUGGAAUAGGAAUCAGGUUUUUGGAAUAUUUCACAUCCCUAAACAACCCUAAGAUAGGAAUAUGUCAUGGUGAUGCCUCAAAGUAGCAUCGCCAUUUAUUUAUAAAGUCCAGGUUCUAGCUCCCUACAGGGCCUCAAUGUCAGCUCUGAAUAAGAUUAUAUACAAAGGUGGCGCUUCCAAAACUGAUCGCUCAGAUCUCACCGGAAGACUUCAUUAUUGUAAGUCUACUCAGACCCUCUUCACAAGGCUGCUGUUUUUCUGCCCUCACUCUAUCCCUCAUCAGUGCCCAAACAAGAAUAGUAAGCCACCAGCCAAGGUAUGUUUUCAAAUCAAUUCCAUAGGCUAAACAAACCACCUUGCAGAAACAGCUGUCCCAAUCCCGAAUUUUUGCAGAGUCAUCCUACAACAUGAGGUAGCGGUAUUAGAGGUUCAGGAAAAUCCCUGCUUCUCGUAGCACUGCCUCCUGUUCCAGAGAGGACUAAUCUAACUGGUGACCCAGGCCCUGCUCCUUAGAAUCUUCUGCUUCUCAUUCUGCUAAUUUAUAAAGAUAACUGACUUUUUAAAAAGUCUGUGCUUCAGCCGGGUGUGGUGGCGCACGCCUUUAGUCCCAGCACUCGGGAGGCAGAGGUAGGUGGAUCACAGUGAGUUUGAGGCCACCCUGAGACUACAUAGUGAGUCCCAGGUCAGCCUGGGCUAGAGUGAGACCCUACCUCAAAAAAACAAACAAACAAAAAAAGUCUGUGCUUCAGUUCUCACCUUGUAAAUAAUGCUUAACAUGAACAUGUACUUACAUGGAACUAGAUCCAUAACUGUCAUGUUCUUAUUCUUGGCUACCUUAAACCUAUGCUUUUAUAUCUCAGAAACCAGAAACUGUGCCAAAGACAGUGGGAAGGUAAAUGAAUGCUCACUAUUGGCCACUUGUACCUGAAAUCUUCAAGAUGAUGAUACCGAAUUGUCAUGUGAACAUCAUAGUGACCAAUGAUUUGAUGUAAAAUUUAAAAUGAAAAUAUUGGAUUUAUUUAUAAGAAAUAAACCUAGAUAUAAAUAAA